GGUUCGCACGCAGCAUCCCAACACUUUACCACCCGAAAUCUACGUGAAAUCCCACGUAAACGCGUCCAAAUACUCGUAAUAGCAUGUUUUUUGACUGACUUAGUGUGGCGUUCCGGGUCAAAGUACAGAAUGUCGAUAAAAAAGCGCCAUGUCUUGGCUGCCGGCGUAUUGCUCUCGCUUGUAGGGGUGUUGUCGGCUCAAUCGUUUCCCGUCGAGAAGAUCGCUGUCGGAGCAAUCUUCGACCAGAACACGGAAGAAGUCCAGAACGUGUUCAAGUACGCUAUGGCGGUCCACAACCAGAACAUCAGCAGCCGCCGACUGGAGUUACAGGCGUAUGUUGACGUCAUCAACACAGCUGAUGCCUUCAAGCUUUCCCGACUCAUUUGCAACCAGUUCGCUCGAGGAGUGUUUGCGAUGCUGGGUGCCGUGACCCCUGAGUCGUUUGACACCCUCCACUCCUACACCAACACGUUCCAAAUGCCGUUCGUCACUCCAUGGUUUCCUGAAAAGGUAAAUCCGCCGUCGUCGGGGCUGAUCGACCAUGCGGUGAGCAUGCGACCAGACUACCACAGGGCAAUUGUCGACACAAUCGUCCAUUACGGCUGGAAGGAGGUCAUUUACAUUUACGACUCACAUGAUGGUCUCCUCCGUCUUCAGCAACUGUACCAAACGAUGCAACCCGGACGCACAGCCUUCAAGAUAUCCUUGGUGAAACGCAUCUACAACUCCUCAGACGCUAUGGACUUCCUCCUGGCCUUGGAGCAUGACGACCGAUGGAGCAUCAAGCACAUCGUGCUGGAUUGCAACGCGAAGAAUGCUAAGAGCAUAUUGGUGGAACAUGUUAGAAAAGUGCAGUUGGGAAGACGGACUUAUCAUUAUAUUCUUAGUGGACUGGUUAUGGACGAUCACUGGGAGAACGAGGUGACCGAGUACGGGGCUGUCAACAUCACCGGGUUCCGCAUAGUGGACCAUUCCAGGAAAACUGUGAAGGACUUUUUGGAAGGGCUGCGGAGGAUCGAUCCACGCUUUAAGGGGACUGUAUCUGCACAAACGGCGCUUAUGUACGACGGGGUGCAAGUCCUAAUGGACGCAUUGGGAAGGUUGUGGAAAAAGAAGCCCGACGCCUUUAGGAGCGCCCUGAGACGCGCCGCGGCCUUGGCUAACUCCACCAAAGUCAUCGACUGCAACCCCGGCAAGAGCUGGGUGGUGCCCUUCGAACAUGGAGAUAAAAUAUCCAGGCUGAUCAAAAAGACGGAUAUUGAAGGCCUAACUGGGAACAUUUCCUUCAACGAAGAAGGACACAGGUGCAACUUUACCCUUCACGUCGUCGAGAUGACCGUACAAAGCGCUAUGGUUAAGGUAGCAUCGUGGACCGAUAAGCAAGGUCUGAGUCUGGUCACACCGAAGUACGAACAGCUGCACUCGCCGAUGUCGUUCGACACCAACAAGACGUACAUCGUGACGACCAUCCUCCAAGAGCCGUUCAUGAUGCUGAAGCCGCCGGAGUAUGGCCAGCGUGAGGACCAGUUCCACGGCUUUUGCAAAGACCUCGCUGAUUUGGUUGCUGCCAAACUUGGGAUCAAGUAUGAGAUCCACAUCGUGAGGGAUGGAAAGUUCGGAAGUGAGGUGUCACAUCACAUUUGGACCGGGCUCGUUGGAGAGGUCUUCAGAAAGGAAGCAGAUAUGGCUAUAGCACCUUUAUCCAUAACGCCAGAAAGGGAGAAAGUCAUCGAUUUUAGCGAGCCUUUCUUGUCAAUCGAAACUCCAAUCAAACGUACCAAGACGCCAAAGCAACUGACUGGCACUUUCAGUUUUCUACGACCACUUUCGAAGGAGAUAUGGCUGUGCGUGAUAUUCAGCUUCUUCGCCGUGAGCAUCGUCCUGUUCUUGGUGUCCAGAUUUUCUCCGCACGAGUGGCGAUCCGUCUCCAUAACGGAUAGUCAUUUGGAAAAUCCAAUAAGCAAUACUAAUGAGAUAAUCUUGCACAAUGAGUUCAGCAUCUGGAAUUCAUUCUGGUUCUCGCUUGGAUCUUUUAUGCAACAAGGCAGCGACGUUGUGCCGAGAUCUUUAUCCGGAAGAAUCGUCGGCACAGUUUGGUGGUUCUUCGCUUUGAUCCUGGUGUGUUCGUACACCGCGAACCUGGCAGCUUAUCUCAUAGUGGAACGCAUCUCGGACCCCGCACUGCUGCACUACGAGUCAAGAAUUAAAACCGAAAAUCACUUGGCACCUCGGAGCAGUUUGGUGAGCGAUCUGGAGGUGAAAGAGGGGGCGUUCUCCCAUCACGUGGUGGACCGGAGCAACGACUGCACCCUGGCACACGCCUGCAGAUAUAAGCAAGUCCACUUUGGCAUUGCAACCACCAAGGGAUCACCUUUGCGGGAGGGCAUAAAUCUUGCGAUCGUCAAUAUGAAGAGGGAUGGCCUCAUUCCGAAGCUUUGGCGCAAAUGGCUGUUGACAACCAAUCAACCGGACUGCGAUCUGGUCAAAGACGAGGAAACGACGAUCACCGAAAUGACCCUAAGUCAAGUGGCAGGAAUCUUCUACGUCUUAGUUGGAGGAUUAGCUUUGGCAUUAGGAGUGGCGCUACUUGAAUUCUGUCAACAUGGACGAGCUGAAGCAGCGAGAGCUAAUGUUCCUCUAAGGGCAGCCCUACGAGCUAAGGCCAGAAUGGCAUCAAAUGAUAGGAAGACUCCUCAGCGUACGCCUCAGCGUGAUCAGGAUCGACUUGGAUGGAAUGGUGCUGCUUUUGCUGGGUACUUUCCCGCCGGAACUCAAAUCUCCCAUGAGGAUGCGGUCCACGCCAGCUUCACUCAUGUGUGAUCCUCGGAGAAGGGUGGCGUUAACAUUCGCCGCUCUUCUGUAUGCAAGACCAACAAUGUUGACCUCUACCAGCUCUAAGAACGCUAGACGAGUGCAAGUUUGACGAAUGCGCCGGUAGUGACUGUCACCUAGUCUAUAUAAUUAUUAUAAUAUUAUGCAUUGUAAACUCUACAUUACGAACUUUUAUUUAAAACGAAGGAAUUGCUAAAGUUUGUUUGGUUUAAUUUGUUAUUCUACUCUCUGUUUAACGAAAACUCUUUAUAACGCAAUAAAAUAUCCGGCCCUUCAAUUUCGCUAUAUAGAGUUUACACUGUAAAUGUUACAGUUGGAAUCUUUUAUCUGAUCAAAACUUCUUUUGACUAAUAGAAACAGGCAAAAGUACUUUUUGACUGUAGAGCUUAAUCAAAAGUAGUUUUAUCUCAAAGAGCGAGUAACUAUUGGUUAGUCUUUCUAUUGAAAAAUAAUGGUUAAAAAUAAAUAUGAGCUCCCGGGCUGCAAGCAGUUUUAUUUGUCUUUUAGUGUUUUAAAUACGCUACGACUCGCUAGUCACCCGUUCAUUAAGCUUCACCCACUUGAACUUCGUUCCACUCGGUCUCAAGCUCGCUUCAUUCAUUCUACAAUAAUAUAGAAUAUUAUUGUAAAUUGAAC